GUUAGUGAGUAAUGUCGAUAUAUUUAAUCAAAUAUCGCUUUAAUUUUCACCAAUCACAAAAUAGUACAGUACAACGCGGAAUUUGCGAUUGGUUCCAUCGUGGAUCAAUUAAAUUUGCGAUUAUGCGCAGAAUAUAUUAACGUGCGCUCUUCGUUGUACUAAAUUUAGUCAUCGAAGGUCCAUUAAAAGUACUUGACAUAAAAUGUUAUGUAGGUAUUGAGUUUUAAAUUAUUGCAUAAAUAUUUGUGCAUUUGUCAUAAAUAAAUACAUUGUUAUAUUUAAUGUUUUAAAUUUGCUUAAUCAUUACAUCGACAAUCGCGUCACUCGAUAAAUCGUAUUCGACAAUCGAUUUGUGUCUUCGUUUCAUAGGAACUCAUCGCUCAGUGACAUUUCAAUUACGUUUUGUGGUUGUUGCUUACUUUUGUAAUACAUACACAUAUAGUAUUUAAUCAACUUGUACGAAUGCAGUAAAAAAAUGAGUUAUAAUAAAUAAAUAACAAUUUAAUAUAUUGCAGUAAGUGUGUAUUCUCAUGAUUAAUUCGUGUUUUAUUGACGUAAUACAACUCAAGGUUUAAAAUGUAUAUCAAGACGGUUUAAACAAUAGAUAAGUGCAAGAAGAUGAAAUAAGGUAAUCGCUGCAUAAAUUUAAGACAAGAGGCUAAAGUUUUGUCCUUCACACAUCAGAACAUCGUUAUCUAUGCACGUAAACGAUUGGUUUAGUUAGAGGUGAUUAUGAAGUAACUAAAAUAGUGCAUGUAAGUACGCAGCGAGCACAUCUAGUUUAAACAUCGUUUCAACAAAGACGUGUACAUACUAAUUUAAGCUAUACUCUCUUCGCUGGUGGUGGGUUUCUCGCUUGCUACUGCAUUCUUAUCACAUUUUAUCAGGUAACGUAAAUAAUGUAAUUACUAAUGGGUGAUAACACACGCUAGUUUCUCAUAAUGGCUAAUGUUAAGAGUAGAGUUAAUACGACUAAAGCUGCAUCUACAAAGAUUAACACAAAGGGGAAGGUUGGCAGGCCCAGAAAAUCUUUAACAAAUGUACAAAAUGUGACAGGAAAAGAAGUUGUACAAAGACAACGAAGAGGUAAAGUAAAGAAAAAGCCGGAAAAAAAGGUAACUAUAUGUAGAUUGAAUACAACACAGGAGGAGAAUAAAUCCAAUGAAUAUAAAAAACCAAGCCUUAAAAAGUUAUUGACUACUAGUGGCCGCAUAAGACAAAAAACAAAGAUUGGUAUAAAGCUCUUUAAUGAGCUUCUAAAGAAUGAACUUCAGAUUAAAGCCAGUGACUUAUUACCGAAAAAAGAAGUGUACAAAAAUACAAGGCUAAAUAAUAAUGAAACAAAAGUAAGAAAAAGAUCGAAAGCAGGUAACCAAAAAGGAAAUAACCAAAAUAAUAGGCAGAGUGAUAGUAGUGAAAAAAGUAAAGCUAACGUUGAGCCUGGCCAGGAUCUCAAUAGUGAAACAUCAACUCCUCUUAAAGUUUUCCAAUGUGAUCAUUGCAAUAAAAAAUUUAAAACUAAACCUGCAAUAAAAAGACACCUUUCCAUUCAUGAUAAGCUGACAUCAUAUUCUUGUUCCCAAUGCAACAAAUACUUCAGCAAUCAUAUAUAUCUAGCAGCCCAUGCUAAAAGACAACAUCCAAACUGGAACAUACAUUUUAUGUGUAAUAUAUGUGAUAAAGCAUUUUUACUUAAAUCAAAUUUAAAGCACCAUUUGGCUUGUCAUAGCCGUAAUGAAAAAAUGUUCAAGUGUAUUUAUUGCAAGGAGAAAUAUUAUGAGCAACAUUCCCUUAUUGAACAUGAGAAACAGCAUUUGGUAGAUGGAAAAUAUCUAUGCAUUGUUUGUGAAAUGGGAUUUGACUGUAGGAACCGGCUCACCAGUCAUUAUAGAGUACAUUUGAAAGUGAAAGAUUUCAUGUGUCAACAUUGUGGCAAAGAGUUUCUUAGAAUGAACUCGGUGAGACGUCAUGUCCAAAUAUGUCAUUCAGGACACAGGAUACAGUGUAAAAUAUGUAAAAAAUAUUUGAAGGGUCAUUUAGCUGAGCAUAUGCGCACGCAUGAAAAGAAUCGCCCGCAUGAAUGCCCUGAUUGUGGACAACGUUUCACACAGUCAACGCAAUUAACUGUUCAUCGUCGGUCACAUAGUGGAACCCGUCCUUACACUUGUAGAAUAUGCAAGAGACCAUUUACACACUCAAAUGCCUUGAUGUUACAUAUACGUCGGCACACAGGUGAAAAGCCAUUUGCCUGUGCCAUGUGUCCAUUGAAUUUUUCUCAACUCCCACACAUGAAAGCACACAUGCGAAACAUUCAUGGCAAAGAAAACCCAUAUAGAUGUCAAAAAUGUAAACAAUUCUUUAAAUUGAAGGCUGAUUUAGCAGAUCACACAAAAAAUUGCAAUACAGAUCAAAAAAGUGCAAAGUCAUCACAGAAGGGCGAAUCAGAAGAGGAAUCUGCCACUAGGCUGACUCGCAUGAGGUUUCUACUAGCUCUUCUUCUAACAAUGAUUGCGACUAAAGAAAAACUGAAAUAUCUAGGUUUCAACAAACGCUUGAUUGAUGAAUUACUUGUGGAGUCCCUUGAAGCCAUGGGGCAUAAACCAUGCAAAGAUUUUGCUUUAACGCCUUUCAAUCGCCUCAAGACUAAUAUCGAAAUACUACUUGAAGGAACUGUGCCUAAAGAACAAAUGGAAAAACUUAAGAAGGAAAAUAAAACUACAGAGCAAAUUUUAGAACUCCUGACUGAUGAGAAAAAGCGCAGUUAAUAUAAGAUCAGGAAUGCCUAUAUCAUAGGUAACAGGUAAUAUUUCUGAUAAGUUAUUUCUAAACAUCACUAACAUAUUUAAAAUCUAUUCAAAAUAGCAUCUAGUUGUAACAAAAUAUAAUUGAAUAUUUUCCAAUAAUUUCUUUAAAGAUUGGAUUCUGUUACAAUUUUAUAUUGAUGGAAUAUAAUUUAAUGAUUGUAUAAUAAUUAUGAUAUUGGUGACCAGAAUGUUUCAAGAGCCAACCAAAAAAAAUUUUCAAUUGCCAGAAUAAAAUAUGAUUGUAGAACAAUUCAUAAACUAUUGCACAGUUUCUAAACUAUUUAAUUUUAUUUAUACUUUUAAAUUAUUACUUUCACCAAAGUUUAGGUAAAUUAUGUAGCUAAUUAUGCAUAUUUUAAAUUGUAUUUGUAACUCGUUAAUAUAGUGUUUCAAUUAAUGAUGUGCCAUUUAAAUUAUUGUAUAUUGAGUUUAUUAUUCUGAAAUAUAAAUAAAUUUUUCAUGCCACUUAUUAUAUACUGACACAUAUUUAAAAUUGUUGUUUUGUUGUUAUUUUUAUUCAGUGCCAUUAUUUAUGUUUUUGUAUUAUAUGUAGGAACAGAGCAAAUUUCAAAAGCUAAGCAAAUUUAAAUUCACGUGGGUUGCCAACUGUACUUUUUUUAUUCCUAAGUUAUCACAUUUAACAACUUAAUUCCAUAACAUUAUAUUAAUUACUAGAUAAUCAUGGUCUUUAAGAUAACUUAUGGCUUUAUAAGAGCCUACUGAUAUUUUAUAAGCUAGGUGAAGAAGCUUGCUACAUAAUGUAUGUGUUGAUUGCAAAUGCAUACAAACAAACAACAUAUAGCUAUAAGUUUGAAUGUUCCACCUGCAAGCAAGUUGGCAAUUCUAUAUAGGUACCUAAUAACCAUCAAUAAUAUUAUUUAAUGAUAAAUUUGAGAUAGGAUAGUUUGUAACCUAGCAUACAAGGGGAGUGUUUAGGUAAAAGGGAUAAGAGUUUCACAUAUGGCAAUAUUUUAUUACAUUUUUAAGAAAUUCGUGACUAAUAUCUAAAACUGGGCGAAUUUUAAAUUUAACAGAUGAUUCGUCUGAAAAAACAUCUGAUGAAAUAAAGAUAAAAUCUGCUUCUAAUUUUAUACACAUGAUGUUUCAUACUUUCACAUUAGUAAGAUAUAAAUAAGAGAAAAAAAAAUGUCAUUUAAUGUAAUUAUAUUUUCUAAUAAUAAUAAUAACAAUCGGGUAAUACUUUGUUAAAACGAAUAGAUAAUACAAGGUUGAGUAUAACAAUUUUUGCAAAUUUAAAGUAUCUUAUGGAUGUAUUUGUGUAUGGAAUAUGUAUGAACUAAACAUACGCUUUUUUAAUAAAUGUUGUAAGGUGUGACGUAAUAAUUUUGAGUUAAAGAAAGUUAUGGAACGAUGGCGAGGCACUUUGAUUACUUUUGAAUAAUUGGCGCUAUUUGUACCAGUGCAGUGGAAUUAUACCUGAUAAUUCCAAAGUUUUAUGAAAAAUGCCGUAAAAUAUUUUUAAGUAGAUGCCUAGUAAUUAUUUUAUACUGAUAAAAAUAUUCAACAUAUCAUUUAUUUUAUUGUAAAAUUUGUUAAUUGUUUGCAUGAGUGUGCUUUGGUAUCCAGCAUAAACUAAUUGUAAUUAAGAAUAUCGAAUAAUUUAUUAGAUAAUAAUAAAGUAAUUAUAAAUGCAUUGCCUAAUUUAAGAAAAAAUAUUACAUUUGGUGUAAUUGUCUGUUUGUUAAUUUUAGAUACCGAAUAUAUUGCAAUAUAUAUCAUAUAUCAUGGCAAUAAGUAAAUUACGAAGGUUGUUAUUGUAUCAGUAAUGAUGAUACCGGUAACGAUCCAACAAACAUUUUAUUGAAAUUUCAGAAGUCUCUGAAUUUUCCUACCUCUACCUUGAUAAAUAAAUGAACCUAUUAUUGUUUGUAGCGUGUUAAUUUAUGAGGUAUUGUUUUAAAUUUAAUUAUUUGAAUUAACAUGGUUAGGGUUUACUUGUAGGCAUUGUAUCAAUUCUUGCCAGUUAUACAAAUUUUAAGAGCCAAAGAAAAAUUAAACCUACCAAAGUGGCAAUAGGAAAGGAAAUAAUUAAGAAAAUUGUUAUUUAUUCGUUACGUAAACAAUACAUUUUGCCAGUUUUAUCAGUGUGGAAUGCUGGCUUAAAUUGCCAAAGAUGAUAUAAUAGUUAUAAGAAUUAAAUUUAUGUAAAUGUA